CAAAACCCCAGGGCCUCCUGAGCUAGUGCAAGUCUCCGACACUGUGGAAAGAAAGCCCUGGGGCAAUUGCAGGGAGAAUGGCCGUGCCCUGGGAGGAAUAUUUCCGACUGGCCUUGCAAGAGAAAAUGCCCGAGAAGAUCCCAGAGCAAAACGUGGACCCCCUCCCACCGGUGCUGCGUCUCCUGGAGAAGAGGCGGGAGCUGGUGGAUGCAGACCGGGCCCUGCAGGCCCAGAAGGAGGUGUGCCAGACCAUGAUGGCAGCCCGGAAACAGCGCUGGGAACAGUUGGAACAGAAGGAGCGGGAGCUAAAGGGGUCUUUUGCGCGCUUUGACAAGUUCUUGCAGGACACCGAGGCCCGGCGCGGCCGCGCGCUGCGGAGGGCGGCCGAGGAGCGGCUGCAGGCGAGCCGCCGGGAGGCAGAGGCGCUCCGGCUUCGGGCCCAGCUGGAGGAGCUGCGGCGGGAGCGCGCGCGGCUGCAGCGCCGGCUGGAGCGCCUGGAGCCCUGCGCGCGCCUGCUGGGCCAAGUGCUGGAGCAGCUGCCCGAGUUCCAGGAGGUCCCCGAGCUGGUGGCGCGCUUCGACGGCCUGGCCGAUAUGCAGGCGGCGCUGCGGCUCGCGGAGCGCCGGCGGCGGGCCGAGCUGGAGGAGGCGCGCGCGCGGCUGCAGCGGCUGCGGGACGCCGGGCAGGACGAGCUGCUGGCGCAGGGCCAGCGGCGAGCUCAGCUGCUGGAGCGCCUGGAGGCUGCGAGGGAGCGCACGCUGCGCUGGGAAUCCAAGUGGAUUCAGAUCCAGAACACCGCGGCUGAGAAGACCCUUCUCCUGGGCCGCACCAGAAUGGCGGCGCUCAACCUGUUCCAGCUAGUGCGUCAGCACAAGAGGCAGCCCCCUGCCCUGGCCGUCGAGGACACCGAAGGGCAGCUGGAGCAGGUGAAGCUGUUCAUCCUGGACCUCUCCGCCAUGCUGGCCAAUCUUCGUCAGGCCGAGCCCACACCUGCCUCCCAGCCCUGACCCAGGUGGGCAGGGGGUAGGGGGCCCCCCGGGAAAGGAGGUGCAUAUGUCCUGCGGGGUGUGUGCUGAGUGGUCCUCACCUGAGAGACGGAGGGCUCUGCCUGCUCAGACUGCUGUGGGGAGUACAGGAGGGGCAUACAGCAAGUACUAAAUAAAUGUGGGCCAAAAGGGGGGGGGGCACCAAUCCCUCAUCCACCACAUGGCAUGGGACCAGGUCCUCCCUCUCAGUGCACUCAUGGCAUUGAACAAGCCGAUGUGUGUCAGGGGUUUGGAAUGAAGCCUGAUGCAAAUUCUGGUAAAUUCUAGAUGAGUGCUUGGUAAGUAAAGUAAAAUAGGACCAACAAGAGGGCCACAAAGCAAGCACCCGCACAUGGGGUGCCUGCUCACAAGGCCUCCUCUAUUGUGGAGUGGCACAGGUGAUCCGUGGCCUGAGAAUCCAACUGCUGGAGGCUGCCCUUGACCUUCCCAGGACCCCAAACUGGGGCUGGGGAGGACAGGGCUUGCAGGGCAAAGGCCAAGACCAGGUUCUCACCUCCGCGGGUGUGGUGGGAGUGUGGUGGGGCCAUAUGAACCCCUUCACUGCCGCUAAGGCUCAGGAGGAGCCGCUGAGCC